AUGAGCGGUAGAGUGCCAUUAUUGGGAGCCGGAUCGGGAUUCGGAAAGGAUAGAAAACGUUUCAUUAUUGUAUCAAUUUUUGAUCCGACAAUCUGUAUUUUGCUUUGGCUAAUUUGCACUAUCACAAAAGGCGAUGACUGGUCGAAAAUUUUUCUGGACGAAAUAAACUUCCUCAACCCCCAAUUCAUACAUUAUUCCCUGUUUGAUGUUGUUGUUAGCUCGGUUUUUCGCAUGAUUAUUUUAUUGUUAUGCUAUGGACUACUGGUGGGUAAGAAAUGGUACACUGUUGCUAUAACUACUGCCAUAUCCACUGUUUUCAUUAUUUGUAAAGCUCUAUUCUUUUUCUCGAAAACAAAUGGUGGCUUACCACAAUAUCUUUUAGUUUUGUCGUUCUUCUCCAUAGCAUGGUUUCAAUUGUGGCUGAUGCCUUGUAAGGUUUUACCAAACGAGAGAUCAUAUGAAUUUUUUCUAUCCUCCUACGAGAAUUCAGACUCUAUAAUAGCUAGAGUCUCUUCUCGUACCAAUGCGGGUUAUGAGUCUGCCAACACUAGACGUGAAAUUUUGUCUGCUAGUUCAAAUAAUCUUCGAUUUUCAACAGAUGAUGAGUUUCGAAGCGCAGUUGAUUACUCAUCAGAGGAUGAAACUGCAGGGACAGUUGUUAAUAUAUCCAUUCCACCUAAAUUAAUGGAGAGUUACGAAGAGACUCUGAGAAAAACUGAAACGACUGUUGAAAAUCUAUUGAAAGAUGCUUUAUUAGGGGGUUGGAAGAAGUUAAGAGCUGAUGACCCAACGGUUUUACAAGGACCUGACCAAACUUACUAUGUUAGAGCUCAAUUUCCAUGUAACCCAAUAGUCCUAUUCACUGCCAUGUGGGCUGAUGUCCUUAAAUGGAACCCAUUAGUCGUACAGGGGAAGACAAUUCUAAAGAUAAAUGCCUCGACUGACUUAUAUUAUUCUGUGACUGCUCCUGCUUUGAAGGGUUACAUAUCGUCGAGGGAUUUUUGUGAUAUUCGGAGAGUUUUUCUGAGCUCCGAAGAUAAUACAUUUUCCGGUAUUUUUGUGUCUGUUGAAUCGACAUUGUGCCCUCCGAACGGAAACAGAAAAGUCGUCAGGGGAACCAAUGGUCCAUCUCUCAUACGGGUUACAGCGGGUGAUGACAGUAAUAUAGCCAUGCUUGAAUGGAUUAUGAAAACAGAUUUACGAGGCGGCCUGCCCAAGAGACUUGUUCAGAACUCGAUGGUCAACUAUUUCGCUGAGCACAUACUGAGAUUGCGUGCUUAUAUAGACGCGAACAAGAUUGCAUCCUAA